AUGAAGUUGGCAGUAACACUGCUCCUCAAGGAUGUUUCGUGGUCCGAGUCCCACGACUCCCUCCUGAUAGCCGCAGUCGCUGACGGCUCAAUCAAGCCCUACGACCUAGCUCUACCCAUCACCUCCAACCCAAUUCGCUCGCUUCACGAACACGCUCGAGAAAUCCAUUCCGUGGAUUACAAUACGGUUCGUAAAGAUUCGUUCCUUUCCUCUUCUUGGGAUGAUACAAUCAAGCUCUGUACGAUUGAUAGACCCACGAGUGUACGGACAUUCAAGGAGCAUGCGUACUGUGUGUAUUCGGCGGCGUGGAAUCCUCAGCACGGGGAUGUUUUUGCGUCUGCUUCCGGCGAUUGUACUGCUCGAAUUUGGGAUGUGCGGGAGCCUGGGUCUACUAUGAUAUUACCUGCGCACGAAUUUGAAAUACUUUCAUGUGAUUGGAAUAAGUCCGAUGAUUGCAUCAUUGCAACUGCAUCCGUUGAUAAGUCAAUAAAAGUUUGGGAUGUGAGAAAUUUUAGGGUGCCCAUUGCAGUGCUUAAUGGACAUGGAUAUGCAGUGAGGAAGGUUAAGUUUUCGCCGCACAGAGGGAGUGUGAUUGCUUCGUGUUCAUAUGACAUGACGGUGUGUUUGUGGGAUUAUAUGGUGGAGGAUUCACUGAUUGGGAGGUAUGAUCAUCACAUGGAAUUUGCAAUUGGAGUGGAUAUGAGUGUGCUUGUUGAGGGGCUUUUGGCUAGUACUGGGUGGGAUGAACUUGUUUAUGUUUGGCAACAUGGGACGGACCCGAGGGCACCUUAACAGGGAAGUUUUUUUAACUGAUUUUUUUGUUUUUAUUUCAAUAGAUUUCUCAUUUUUUAAAGGACAAACUGAGAAAUGAUAUGCUUUUGUACCUAUUUUUGCUCGUCCUAUAUUGGUGGUUGUGGAAUAAGUAGAGUUUUUCUGUUAUUAUUUUAAACUUUAACCAACAAACUUAAUGGACAACACCACGACCCCGUAUUGUCAAUGUUACUACUGACCAUUUGGGCUGCCUACUCAAAUCAAUGCAUACUGUUUUUAUUGUUCGUUUUUUCCCCUGGAACUACCUUUUUGUUAGAACUUAGAAGUGCUAUUGUUUGUACUUGUAUGGUUGUUGCAGAUAAGCUGGAAACACAAUAGUUAUGGCAGGCAGGCAUUUCGAUCACUUUACUUUUACGAACUAUAGUUGUGACCGAAUAACCUAGGACAGCAAUAAACCAAGAAAAUCAGCACUUUGCUGUGAACAUUAAUCGUAAAAAGUAUUCUGGAGUAAUUGUCUCAACCUGUGGGUUAAGGUUUAAUAAAUUAAAAGGGAAUAGGGUAGGGUUUUAUAGAUGAUGUUUGAGGAUAUGAGUAGGAAUAUACCAGAUUUGAUUAUAGGGCUUAGAGCUUAACUAUUUU